AUGGACCACCCGAGCACGCGCAUCCUCUCGUCGUGCUGCAAGAUGUCCGACAUCGUGAACGAAGGCAUCACACCUGUGGAAGAUAUUGACAAGUGCCGGGAGCCAAUCCCCAGCCUGGAGGCCAUCUACCUGCUCAGCCCUGUGGAGAAGUCGGUGCAGGCUCUGAUCAGUGACUUUCAGGGCACCCCCACCUUCAACUACAAGGCGGCUCACGUCUUCUUCAUCAGCCCCUGUCCUGAGCCUCUGGUCAAGGAGCUGAGGAAGUCACGGGUCACCAAGGCCAUCAAAACCCUCAAAGAGAUCAACGUGGCCUUCCUGCCCUACGAGAGCCAGGUGUACUCCCUGGACAGGCCACAGACCUUCCACAUCUGGUUCAGCCCCUACCGCUCCUUGGAAAAGAAGAAGGAGCAGGAGAUGCUGGCAGAGCAGAUUGCCACAUUGUGCGAAACCCUGGACGAGUCUCCAGCCAUCCGCUACCGGAAGGACCAUGAAGAGAACUUCGACCUGGCUCGCGCUGUGCUGGCCAAACUCAAGGCGUUCAAGGAAUACGAGCCCAGCAUGGGAGAGUCUUUGCUGAGCUGCUGGGAGACUGUGCACCUGUGA